UGGUGGUGGCGGCGGACCGGAAGAUGGCCCGAAGGCAGUUGCCACAACUGACCAAUGGGCGUGCAGAGAAGCGGAAGCGGCUGUGGGAUUUGAUGUACUGCUCUCGGAGGAUUCUCAGAGCUGCUUUCCGUGUGAAGAGACUGAGCUGCCAGCUGCUGCCCAUGGAUGGUGUGAGUACUGUCACUAACACCAGUGAGGAGCACGCCUGUCCUGUUGUCACCGCUGGGAUCAUCAUCAUCGGUGAUGAGAUCUUAAAGGGUCAGACACAGGAUACCAACUCAUUCUUCAUGUGCCAAACCCUGCGCUCGCUGGGGGUCAAGGUGGAGAAGGUGUCAGUGAUCGGGGACGAGGUAGGCGCCAUCGCAGAGGAGGUGGCCAGCUUCUCCAGGCGCUACCGCCACGUGCUGACAUCUGGGGGGAUCGGGCCGACUCACGACGACGUGACCUUCGAGGGGGUGGCGCGGGCCUUCGGGGAGACCACCCACACCCACCCGGAGCUGGCGUCGCUGCUGAGGGGCUUCUACAGGGGCCGGGAGAACGGAGGCGCCAGCUCCGUGGGGCCCGAGAUGAAGCUGGCCCGGGUGCCCCUCUCCGCCCGGCUGCACUACGGCCAGGAAGGAGCCCGCCUCCCCUACCCGCUGGUCAGCGUCCGCAAUGUCUACGUCUUCCCGGGCAUCCCGGCCCUGCUGCGGAGGGCCCUGGCAGGCCUGGAGCACCUGUUCCGCAACGAGGGGCUGCGCUAUUCGACCCGGGAGCUCUUCGUCGACGCCGAGGAGACAGCCAUCGCCCCGGUGCUGGAUGAGGCCCACCGGCGCUUCGGCCACAAGCUCAGCCUGGGCUCCUACCCCGACUGGACCAGCAACUAUUACCGGGUGAAGCUGACCCUCGACUCGGACAGCAAGGGGCCCCUGGAGGAGGCGAGACUCUUCCUGGCGGAGCGGCUGCCCCCGGGCUCCGUCGUCCCCCUGGUGAAGGACCCUGUUUCGGUCUCGGUGCGUGAUGUUUACGGGCUGGCUCAGUCAGAGUCGCGGCUCGGCCAGAAGGUGGCAGCAGCACUGAAGACGCUGGAGGAUGCCCUGGCCCAGUACAGCCUGUCGGAGAUAUGUGUGGGAUUUAACGGGGGGAAGGACUGCACCGCACUGCUACACCUCUUCCACGCUGCAGUCAGCAGGAUGUAUCCGGACCAGGAGAACCAGCUGCAGGCUCUGUACAUCCGAAUCAUUUCGGCAUUCCCAGAAAUGGAGCAGUUUAUUCAGGACACGUGUAAGAGGUACCAGCUGCAGAUUUACACGGUGUGCGGGAAUAUCAGAGAGGCCCUGACUGACCUGAAGACGCGGCAGCCUGACAUCCAGGCCGUGCUGAUGGGCACGCGCCGAACAGACCCGUACUCUCGGACGCUCAGCCCCAUGUGCGUGACUGACCCUGGGUGGCCUCAGUACAUGCGGGUCAACCCAUUGCUGGUGGGUACCAGGUGGCUGCAGACCCCACCCUGCCCCAGUCCUGGUUACACCUCCCUGGGGAGUAUGGAGAACACGUCGAAGAACCCCACUCUGUGCUACAUUAACCACCUCGGCCUCAGCAGGUACAGACCUGCCUACCUGCUGGAGAAGGAGGAGAAUGAGCGAUCCUCUAGGACAUAGCGGGGGCCUGCCCCCCCCCCCCCGCCACCGAUCCCAGCCAAUCCAUCAGCCCUCCCCCGUCCGUCUGCCUGUCCCCCAUCUCCCCACAG